CUCGUAUUCAUAUCUGUAAAUGGGUUCAUCUAGUUGCCACUCGGUAAUAAUCGUCGGAGCUGGUAUUUCGGGUAUAUCGGCAGCAAAAGUAUUAGCGGAGAAUGGAGUAACUGACAUAGUGAUUCUAGAGGCUUCCGAUCGUAUCGGCGGAAGAAUACGUAAGGAAGAAUUCGGAGAUAUUUCAAUAGAGAUUGGCGCUGGUUGGGUUGCUGGUGUUGGCGGGAAAACUUCAAAUCCAGUUUGGGAACUCGCUAAUCAAUCUUCUCUUCGUACUUGCUUCUCUGAUUACAGUAACGCCCGCUACAAUAUCUAUGAUCAGAGCGGAAAGAUAAUCCCAAGUGAAUUAGCUGCUGCCUCGUACGAUAAAGCGGUUAAUUCAGCGAUUCAAGAGCUUAAAAAUCAGGAGGAAGCAAAUCUCGGCAAUACAAUUUCCGAAAUCCCAUCGUCACCAAAGACACCAAUAGAUCUAGCCAUAGAUUUUGUUCUUCAUGAUUUUGAGAUGGCAGAAGUGGAACCAAUAUCAACUUAUAUAGAAUAUGGAGAUGAAGAGUUUCUAGUAGCUGAUGAAAGAGGAUACGAGUUCUUGGUCUAUAAAAUGGCAGAAAGUUUUCUUUCUACUUGUCAAGGAAAAAUUGUUGAUAAUCGACUUCAACUGAAUAAGGUCGUUGGAGAAAUAAUACAAGGCUCGAGCAAUGGCACUACGGUGAAAGCUGAAGAUGGAUGUGUUUACAAGGCACAAUAUGUUAUUCUGUCUGUUAGUGUUGGUGUUCUCCAAAGCGAUCUCAUCACUUUCCAUCCCCCAUUACCGGAAUGGAAAACAGCAGCGAUAAUGAAAUGUGAGGUGAUAGUGUACACAAAGAUAUUCCUCAAGUUCCCCUACAAGUUCUGGUCAUGUCAACAUGGUAAAGAGUUUUUCCUUUACGCACACGAGAAGCGCGGAUAUUAUACGUUUUGGCAGCAUAUGGAAAAUGCAUACCCAGGAUCGAACAUCCUGGUUGUAACAUUAACAAAUGAGGAGUCGAAACGUGUAGAAUCACAAUCAGACAUGGCUACGUUGAACGAGGUGAUGGCUGUACUUAGGAAUAUGUUCGGAUCUGACAUCCCUACGGCCACUCAAAUAUUUGUUCCUCGUUGGUGGAAUAAUCGGUUUCAGCGUGGCAGCUAUAGCGAUUACCCCAUUCUUUCUAAGCAUCAAGACUUCAUCCACAUUAAGGCUCCGGUGGGACACAUAUUCUUCACCGGAGAACACACGAGUGAGAAAUUCAAUGGUUAUGUCCAUGGUGGAUACCUAUCUGGAAUUGAAACAGGCAAGACAUUAUUGGAUGAAAUGAGAAGAGUAGAGGAAGAUCGUAUUGAUAUGGAGAGCCAGAGGAAUUUCUUGUUAGAUCCCUUGCUAUCUUUGACCGAGUCAUUGACUUUAACCAGUACGGGAGCCGUAUCUGACUUCCAGAAAUGGGAUGAUAUUAGCACUGUUGCUACUAGUCGACUAUUUCUCAACAAUAAUACGUCGUCACCUGUAACUCAAGAAGCUAUAAAAUGACUUUUCUGCAAGUUCCACCACUUAGAAAUAGAGAAAAUCUGAAGACUAUCCCAUUUAUGCUCGACUC